UUAGUCGCGCAAUUAUCUAAAGAACUCCCCGAGGAGUGCGUCAGUGGGAGGACGAAGUGAGGCGCGCGACUGUGAUGCGACAGAUGUUGGAAAAGUCUGGUUGGAUGUAGUCAGAUGAGAAAGUGUCCUGAACAGAGAUGAACACGUUUUUCUGUUGGCGACGGACGAUGAGCAGUAAAGAGGUGGAAGCUCAGGUGCGAUGUUUCCUUCUGUGAAAGCUUCAGCUGGCAACUAUAAAGGGCAUGUUAUUGGCGGAACAGCAUCUCUACCGAGGACUUAACUAAAAUAUUGCCUGCCACUGGUUAUGAGAAUCUGCACUACGAGACUGAAACGGCUGGGGGUAAGAUGUUUGUGGAGUCAAUCGUGCGAUGGGCGGCCUGGAGCAUCGUCCUCCAGUUUGUCCUGGGUGUAUCUGCAGGAGGCUGUCCCCCACGCUGUGUGUGUCGACCUGAGGCCAAAGAAGUGAUCUGCUCUGGCAAACAUUUGAACUCAGUGCCAGAGGGCUUUUCCGGCGAUGCCAGGCGUUUGGAUUUAUCCCAGAAUAAGAUUAAGACCGUUGGGCGCCGCCAGUUCUCCGGCCUCCCGCAGCUUCAAGAGUUGGAUCUCAGUGAUAACAUAAUCUCCAUGAUGGAGGUGGAGGCUUUCCAGGGGCUGCAGAACCUCAGGACGCUUCGGAUUAAGAAUAACCGACUCAAGAUCAUCCCUGUCGGGGUGUUUUCUGGCCUUUCCAGUCUGCGCUUCCUGGAUUUGAGCCAGAAUGAGAUUCUCGUCUUCCUGGACUACACCUUCAGAGAAAUGGUGAACUUGCAAACGUUGGAAGUCGAAGAGAAUGACUUGGUCUUCAUCUCCCAGCGGGCUUUUUAUGGUCUGCAGAAUCUGCAAGAACUCAAUUUGGACCGCAGCAACCUGACGUCUGUUCCUACAGAGGCAUUGUCCCAGCUCCAGAGCCUGGCACGCCUUCGCAUGCUACGCCUUACCAUUUCUACACUGCCUAACAACGCUUUCCGACGACUACACCGCGUGCGUAGCCUCAUCAUUUCAAACUGGCCUGCGUUAGACACGGUGGCGAGCAACAGCCUGAUCGGACUGAAUUUGACCACGCUUGUCGUCAGCAGCUGCAACCUGAGUGUUGUUCCUUACUCAGCACUCCGUCACCUGGUGUACCUGCGCUACUUGGACUUGUCCUACAACCCCAUCACUGUUAUCCAGGGUAAUCUGCUAGGGGACCUCUUGAGACUCCAGGAGUUACACCUAGCAGGGGGGAGUCUGCUAAGAAUAGAUCCGGGGGCCUUUAGGGGACUGGCCUACUUCCGCAUGCUUAAUGUGACGUCCAAUCAGCUCAGUACUUUAGAGGAGAGCGUCUUCCACUCUGUGGGCAACCUUCAGGUGUUGCGGUUGGAUGGGAAUCCCCUAGCAUGUGACUGCCGGCUUCUCUGGGUGGUCCGUCGACGAUUGCGCCUGAACUUUGACGGACAUCAGCCCACUUGUUCGUGUCCUGAUGCAGUGAGACAGCGGGAGUUCAGAGACUUCUCCGAGAAGGAACUCCCAAGGCUGUUUACCUGCCGCCCUGCCCGUAUCAUGGACCGCAGGCCGCAGGAGGCAAGAGUAGAGGAGGGCACUACCGUCCUCUUCUCCUGUAAGGCUGAUGGGGAUCCGUUCCCGUCCAUCACCUGGAUCUCAUCCCAUAAGAAUGUGGUUUCUCCAACAGGGCGAAUUAGAGUUUUGCCAAAUGGGACUCUGGAGGUUCGUUUUGCCCAAGUUCAGGACAGUGGCACAUAUCAGUGCCUGGCGGGCAAUGCGGCCGGCAAUGACAGCCUAACUGUAGGCCUGUACGUGAAGGGGCUCCCUCGGAACCGAACCAUCCCUUACUUUUCCGAGGAGGGCUGGGAUGAGCCUUUGAACACGCAAGCUGCCAACUCCUCAGCUCAAAUGGCCAAACCGUACCCAUUUGACGCGAAGACCUUGAUCAUCGCCACCACCAUGGGCUUCCUGUCUUUCCUCAGCUCAGUGGCCAUCUGUUUUGUCUUCAUGUUUUUCUGGAGCCAAAGCAAAGGUCAGAUCAAGCACACAGCUACCAUUGACUUUGUUCCUCGCUCUUCAAUGGGUGGUGGAGGGGAGGGAGGAGACGGUGGAAGGUUCACCAUGAAACUUAUUUAAAGCCGAGGUGGAGGUGAAAGGGGCUUCCUUACCGACUGAGUUCUUCUGAACGAUGGACCCCUGUUGGGACACUCAAGGAGAACUAUUUUCAAAGUCCUAUUUUGAUAGACAAAUCAGAGCCGGUUUAUUGGGCCUGUGCUUGCCCUCGUCUAAUUUUAGAGUCAGCACUGACUUCACUUACGAAUGAACCUAGCUUAGAAAGUAUGUUUUAUGUAAGCAUGUAAUUAAAAAAAGGAUUUCACUUCCACUCCGUUUAGGAUGAACACAUGAAGACAGCGGAGCUUUGACACAGCCUUGUCUAAACAUAUCAGGUGCUUGUUUAAUCAUCCAUAUUGUACAAGUGUGCUUGUAUUGCCAAUACAAGCCGAGUACACACUUGCCCUUUUGAACCCCAGGUUGCUAUUUCUGCUUACACACAGAAGAUCAAGACUGCAAAUUCAGCAUUGGCUCUAAGCAUAUGUGACUGCAAAGCUGUUGAUACUUGCAAUAAAUAUAUGGAAUAGACUAGCCAAAUAAUCUUUUCGAUCCUCAAGUUGUGAAAUUUUGGCCAUUUCGCAGUAUGCUGCAUUGGAAAUGUGCUUUCUGUUGUGGGUACUGCUUACUUUAAAUGAUCAUGUAACAGAGCAAAGGGACUGGUUGCAUAUCAUAAUGUAAGUAGGAAUGCAAUCCUUUCCUAUUUAAUACUUAAAACACACCUAUCAGGUCCAAAUUGGAUCUUUGUUUUGUAAAAUAUCGUGUCAUGUAAGUACAAUCGAUGACUUUUUUCUCCCGCCAACAAAUACUAUGAUUUCUUUCCUUUUUUUAAAUAUAAAAAAUACCACUUUUUUUUAUUUUCAACAACACGAAACAUUGACUAACAUGUGCCUCAGCAACACGUUCACCGUUGACAGAGAGAAUGCUCACCUCAUCAUCGUUAUCUUGUAAAUAUUUAGGUCAAGGGCGUUUGUGUGCGCUGGCUUUAUCUUAUCAUUUUAUCUAGUUCUGGGGAUUAGCGUCACUCAAAUUUGGCACGAUUGUUUGUGUUUAGCGUAACUGUGUAGAUGCACUACGCACAGAGCAAUGCUUUAGUGUGCCAGGAGUUGAUGAUGCAGACAUUCAGCAUGGAUUUGUUCAUUUAAUACCU